AUUAAUGGAGUUAAUAAGUUUACUAAAAUAUAGAAAUGAUCAAAGCAUUAUAUAUUAUUUAUAUAUAUGGUGCAUUAGCUUUAGAGGGAAGUGAAGUACUUAGAAAUCUAGGAGAAAAACAAUAUACAUUAUUAACAGCCAAAUCUACUUUGCCAAAACAUGGAUUGUGUUGGUCUAAUGCACUCAAGUCGACAAAAAAUAGUUGUGACAAUUUGAAUGACAAUGAACAUUCUCUUCUCGCUUUAAAAUUAGCUAAUUGUUUUUUAGAAGAUUCUGGUCAUACUUCUUACGAUUGCCAUUUGAGUACAUCAGAAGAUAUUCGCAAAGAGUGUAUCAAUAAAAUGUCAGAUAGAGCGUUCAAUGUAUAUAAUGAAUUUUAUACGCAUACUACACAUAUAUGUUUUUAUUUAAAUUAUGAAGCGUGGCAAGUGGAAACUGAAAAAACGAUUAAAUCGUUGUAUCAAGUUUCAUCUCAAAUGAAAGAACAAUUGUUAGAAGCAUCGGAGUUACAAAGUGUGAUGCUGAAAAGUCAGAAAGAAGGAUUAAAAAUUCAAAGUGAAAUAUUAAAUCACGGUAAAGAACUUGGAAGUGUAAUCAAAUCUUCAUCUGAAACUGUGAACGAUAUGGUUAUGGAAUUUAAAGAAUCGGCAAAAGAUCAGAAGGAAUUACUCUAUGAGAUUUUUUCUUACAUACGUACUUUUCAAAAUUGGAUUAUCGGAGAAGUAUCAUGGUUUCAAUCUAUUAUUUACUAUACAAUCACUUGUAUUCUCUGUGCAAUUUUUAGUUCGACUAAAAGAACUGCAGAUGCACGUGUUAUACUUUUCAUAAUUCUAAGUUUAAACAUUACUGUAGAAAGAAUAUUAGUUCAAUAUUAUGAGAAUACCAUGAACCAUUCUACACAUGACAAGGUAGAACUAGUAUACAUAACUUGGUCGAUAAGAAAAAUAUGUUUAACAUUAUGUGCAGUUACGUUACUGUGUACGUACUUUUAUUAUAAAGACGAACAAUUAGAAAGUUUUCAUGCACUUAGACGAAUAGAAAAUCAAUUAAACAAAAUGCAAAUAAUUACACCAAUCAAUAUUAAUCAAUCCAUUAACAAGCCUAUUCAAACAUCCACGGAGGAGAGUCUACAGCUCAUCCGACAAUCUUUAAAGUCGGAUGAAAUGGAUCACCUUGAAGGUACUCAUUUUGAUAGACUUUUACCACACGUGUUUGUGACACUCGGAGCAUCUGGUGAUUUAGCUAAGAAGAAAAUUUAUCCGACUCUCUGGUGGCUUUUCCGUGACAAUCUUUUACCAAAAAUAACAACAUUCUUUGGAUAUGCUAGAAGCAACAUUACUGUUAAACAAUUGCGAGAAAAGUGUCAUCCUUACAUGAAAGUUAAACCGGAAGAGGAAGAUAAAUAUGAAGAAUUUUGGAAAUUAAAUUAUUAUAUUAGCGGUAAUUACGAUUCGGAAGAACAUUUUCAAAUUUUGAACAACGAAUUGCAAAAACAAGAGAAAGGUUCAAUGGCCAAUAGGCUUUUUUAUUUGGCAUUACCACCAAACAUUUUUGGAUCGGUCACUGUACAUAUUAGAAAAGUUUGCAUGGGACAAAAAGGUUGGACAAGAAUUAUAAUAGAAAAACCAUUCGGUCGAGAUGCUAUUUCAUCGCAACAUCUUUCCGAUCAUCUUGCGUCACUUUUCGAUGAAGAACAAAUCUAUCGGAUAGAUCAUUAUCUUGGAAAAGAAAUGGUUCAAAAUUUAAUGACAUUAAGAUUUGCAAACAGGAUAUUGAAUUUAAGUUGGAACAGGGAUAACAUAGCUUCCGUACAAAUAACUUUUAAGGAACCUUUUGGUACUCAAGGAAGAGGCGGAUAUUUUGAUGAGUUUGGAAUUAUUCGAGAUGUUAUGCAAAAUCAUUUGUUGCAGAUAUUAUCGCUCGUUGCAAUGGAAAAACCUGCUUCGUGUCAUCCUAAUGAUAUCAGAGAUGAAAAAGUUAAAGUCUUAAGAUGUAUAAAACCAUUAGAAUUAAACAACGUAGUUUUAGGACAAUAUGUGGGUAAUCCAGAUUCCAACAACCCUGAGGCUCAAUUAGGAUAUUUAGAUGAUCCUACAGUACCUCCAGGUUCAACCACUCCAACUUAUGCACUAGCUGUACUGAAAAUUAAUAAUGAACGAUGGGAUGGUGUGCCUUUUAUUCUUCGUUGUGGAAAAGCUCUGAACGAGCGUAAAGCUGAAGUUAGAGUUCAAUAUUACGAUGUACCUGGUGAUAUAUUCGAUGGUAAAACAAAAAGAAACGAAUUAGUUAUAAGAGUACAACCUGGUGAAGCAUUGUACAUAAAAAUGAUGACCAAAUCACCUGGUAUCACUUUUGAUAUGGAAGAAACAGAAUUAGAUCUCACAUACAGUAAUAGAUACAAGGAUUUGAAAUUACCUGACGCUUACGAGAGAUUAAUUUUGGACGUUUUCUGUGGAUCGCAAAUGCAUUUCGUUCGUAGCGAUGAACUUUCCGAAGCGUGGAGAAUUUUUACACCAUUGUUACAUCAAAUAGAACGGGAAAAAAUACCACCUAUUCCUUACAAAUAUGGCUCUCGAGGACCAAAAGAAGCCGACGAUAAGGCAAAGGAAAAUAAUUUUGCUUAUUACGGCUCCUAUAAAUGGAUAUCUUCGAUGCUGUAGUUGAACACCAAUGUUCUAAGACGUUAUAAUUUUACUUGCAUAUUGUCACUGUUAUAAUGGAUAAGAUGGGUACAUAUAAAACUCAUAUAAAAUCUGGAAAGUUCGAUUUGCUGUAAUACAUCAUAUCGUAUCGGGAAAUAUAUCCGUUGCGUUAUUAUAAAUAAUAAAUGUAUAUAAAGCUAGAUGAUAUAAUAAGAAAAAUAUUAAGUCAUAAAUAGCAAUAUAAUGUCUUAAAUUUUUAAUAAUUACAUUUAGAAGAGAUAAAUAUACCGAAUGAUUAUUAGUAUUGAAGAAAUAAAUAUUUGUUGCCAUCAACAGUAGAGAUUGUUAAAAUAAUAUAAAAACGAAAUAUAAAAAAAAAAAAAAACAUCUCGCGUUUCAUUUUACAAAUAUUCACUCUAAAAUUAGCUAGUUUGUUAAACAUUUGCUAUAUUAGAGCCAUCCAAGUACAAUUUACACAAAUAAAAAUGAAAUUAGAUUAUGAUGUUGAUAUGGCAAUGUCUUUUGAACACUUUUCACAAUAGUACAUGAUUUGUAAAAAUGUCAAAAUUUGAUCCAGGUCUAUCAAUCGAUGAAAAUACUAUUUC